GGGAGGAUUCCAUUGGUUGACUUGAUGCUUCCGCUUCGUCGAGACGAUCCUCUUGGGAUCUUGAUGUCAUGAUGAUUGUGGCAACCUCCACUAUUGGAUCAUCAGAGGCCAACUAGAGACCCUUAAAACAACUCAUGUACUUCGUAGACCGCGUGGGAUCACUCGGCACAGUUCAUAGUUAUAUGCAUUGCUCAACCUCCCAGGCCUCCUUCCAACUUCAUACCGUGGGGGUACCAAGCGAACACAAUCCAUCCAUACCAGCCAUCCUCGACCCCAGUCCCAACCAACUUAAAACACCACCACACACCACACCCCCGUCCCCCCAAACGCCAACAUGUCCAACCUCCUCGCCACCCGCAAAGUCCCGCUGAUGAUCGCCGCGGGCGUCUUUGGCGGGCUGCUGUACACGACCUACGGCGGGGUGCAGCAGCCGCGGCCGCGGUCGACGCACGACAACGCGCACGACGCCACGGGCGGGACGCUGUCGGAGGCCGCGCAGGCCGCCGCCGGCACGGGCGGCGCGCGCGCCCGCAGCGGCGACGACAUGGAGGCCCUGCGCCAGUAUGACCCGAAAGAUACCAGGCUGCAUAGCAAGGACCCGGGCGCGCAGAGUAAAAGGGAGCCGGGUAAGGUUAGGGGGGAGGAGGUUGGUGCGUGAGCGAGAUGGGGGGGAGGAGGGGGAUUGGUGGUUGGUGUUGAGGGCUGUGGUUGUCUUGUGAUCAUGGUGGAUGGGGGGACGGUACAAAAGCGAGAGGUUAUUUUCGUUGUGUGUUAGUUGCUGGCGGGCGAUGUUUUCAGUUCGUGCAUCAUGGUACUGGCGUCCUCUCAAGCAUUGUUGACAGAGUUCAAAAUAGUCAUAAAGUCGCUUUUAGGAUACAAAACAAUAAUACUCCAUCCCUAAACAC